CACCGCUUCUAACUUCCAUCUGUCCUGCUCCCAUUGGUCCACACUCGGUCCGUCUGGUGUUUUGAUUGGGUGUCAUCCCAUCGAUCACCUCUCUGCUGCUUCUCAUUGCUCGAACCCGGUUGAAAGGGGCGGGGUAACGGUAUGUUGACAGAAUAUUCCUACUGCGCAGGGCGAAUCAUCUUCGUUACUAAAAGAGAGAGAGAGAGACAUAUUAUAUACUGUAGUCUACAGUAGCCAAAUUACACCCGGAAAGUCUCACCACCAAGGCCAUGGAGUCGAAUUGGAUCGCCGUGGUCUGUGUGCUCCUACUCGGUUUGAUGCAGAGCAGCCUUGGAGCGGAGCAGCGGGUCAUCCCUCCAGAGAAUCUCUUGGUAAUAACAGUAGCUACAGAGGACACUGAUGGCUUCACCCGCUUUAUGAGAACCAGCAAAGAGUUCAACUAUACUGUUAAGGUGCUGGGUCUAGGUGAACAGUGGAAGGGAGGAGACGUUGCUCGUACUGUAGGAGGAGGUCAGAAAGUUCGCUGGCUGAAGACAGAACUCCUCAAACACUCUGCCAAGAAGGACAUGGUCAUUAUGUUUGUGGACAGUUAUGAUGUAAUCCUAGCCAGUGGUCCAGAAGAGUUGCUGUGGAAGUUUUCCAGACUGGGUCAUCGGCUGGUGUUCUCUGCCGAGGGCUUCUGUUGGCCUGACCAGAAACUAGCCCCCAAAUACCCCCCUGUCCACACCGGGAAGAGAUACCUCAACUCUGGAGGGUUUAUAGGGUAUGCUCCAGAGCUCAGUGAGAUUGUUCAACAGUGGAAACUUAAAGACAACGAUGAUGACCAACUCUUCUACACUAAGAUCUACCUGGACAAAGUACAACGGACCAAGUACAACAUGACUCUGGACCAUCGCUCUAGAAUCUUCCAGAACCUCAACGGAGCCAUCGAGGAGGUGGUGCUGAAGUUUGAGAAGGCUCGUGUCCGUGCGAGGAACGUGGCCUAUGACACACUUCCUGUUAUUAUCCAUGGCAACGGACCCACCAAGCUCCAGUUGAACUACCUGGGUAACUAUGUCCCGACUGCCUGGACUCACGAGACCGGCUGUGGGAUCUGUGACGACGACCUGAUAUACCUCAACGACACGCCUGUACGUACCUGUGUCUCUGUCUCUGUACAGACUGUUUCAUAGCCGACUCCCUUCCUGGAAGAGUUUCUAGAGAGACUGACCACCCUCAACUACCCAACCAGCCGCAUCAGACUGUUUAUACACAACAACGUGGUGUAUCAUGAGCAGAACAUUCAGCGCUUCUGGGAGAAGCAUCGUGUUCUGUUCCCUGACGCCAGGCUGGUCGGACCGGAGGAGAACCUACAACAGGACCAGGCUAGAACCAUGGCUGUGGAGGCGUGUAAGAAGGACAGUCAGUGUGAUUACUACUUCAGUAUCGAUGCUGAUGUUGUCAUCGUCAACCCUGAUGUUCUCCGUAUCCUUAUAGAAGAGAACAAGUCAGUGAUAGCCCCCAUGUUGUCCAGACAUGGCAAACUGUGGUCUAAUUUCUGGGGAGCUCUGAGUCCUGAGGGGUUCUACUCUCGAUCUGAAGACUACAUCGAUAUUGUACAGGGCAAGAGAGCUGGUCUAUGGAACGUUCCCUAUAUAACUCAGGUCUACAUGAUAAAGGGGUCAGUCUUGAGAGGUAGACUGUCUCAGGUCAGUCUGUACAGUCAGGAGGGGAUGGACCCAGAUAUGGUGUUCUGCAGGGCCGUACGAGACCAGGGAGUGUUUAUGUUUGUGUCUAAUCGUGAUGAGUUUGGUCGUCUGGUCUCCUCCUCCAACUACAACACCAGCAGACUUCAUCCGGACAUGUGGCAGAUCUUUGACAACCCUCUGGACUGGAAGGAGAAGUAUAUCCAUGAAAACUACUCUAAGAUCUUUGAAGACAACCAGACCAUCGUGGAGCAGCCGUGUCCUGAUGUGUACUGGUUCCCAUCCUUUACAGACAGGAUGUGUGAUGACCUGGUGGAAACCAUGGAAGACUUUGGAGAAUGGAGUGGAGGAAGACAUACGGAUGAGCGUCUUGGGGGCUAUGAGAACGUCCCUACUGUAGAUAUUCAUAUGAACCAGAUUGGCUUUGAGAAGGAGUGGCUCAAGUUCCUAAAAGAAUACAUCAGCCCUGUUACUGAGAAACUCUACCCAGGCUACUUCCCCAAGGCCCAGGCGGUGAUGAAUUUUGUAGUCCGGUAUCGUCCAGAUGAACAGCCGUCUCUCCGUCCGCAUCACGACUCCUCCACCUUCACCAUCAACGUAGCACUCAACAGCAAGGGAAUGGAUUACCAG